AUGUAUGUACUCUUGCUGAUGGAGUAUGGAGUGUUUUGUCGAGAGAGGGUUGCUAUAAGGUCUGUGAGCAGUGGUAAGUAUUUGAGCCCUUUGACCUUAGAAUUAGAGAAUGAAGGUAUAGGCUCAGUGAUAGAGGACUAUGCAUUUGAGUGGAGAUUGAAUAAUCGAACAAAUGGAUUUAAUCUUGGGACAGAUAAAGGAGAUAUUGGAAUUGAUUUAAGUAGUGGAAAUUUAGUGUAUGAUGAGUCAGUAGAUAAAGUACCUGAUCAUGGAUUUUACUUUAAGAAUCCCCCGAGAUGUAAAAACAUGAUAGGAUACAACUCAUUGUGUAUGCAGGAAAUAAACGGGGAAGUAAAGUUUUCAGAAUGCCCAUCACCUGAUAGUACGCCUGAUAACUCACCUGAUAGCUUCCUGUUCGUUGUAAAGACAUUCAAGAACUUUCCAGGGCGUACUGAUGCAGAAUAUGUAUCAGAUCAAGUAAGCACACAGGAUAUGGAAGCAGAUUCAAUAGCUAGGAAUGCAAACAAUACAAAUGUUUAUAGAGAAAGUAUUAUGGACAGUGACAUACAAAGCGGUGUAGAUACAGACUUAUACGACCGUAGGCAAGUAGAUAAUAUGAUUGAUUAUAAGGAUGAUGGUGCAUACAUGGACAGUAAACCAUCAGUCACAGCCACAAAUCGGAAGAUACAAGACAAGUGUAAUAGUCAAUAUGUGUUUUUAAUGAGUAUUUUUCAAGAGAUAAUACGAAAUAUUGCUAUUGCUAUUGAAUCACAAAAUAAUGUAUGA